UUGUAUUGUUUGCUUAGCUAGAAAUUUAAUCUGUUGACACCGCAACACUUGCCAAUGGAAUUGGUAAACAAAGGCGUCCACUGCAAGUGCGGGACACUCAAGAUGAGCAUUUCAGAUGAAAUGGAAUACGGCACCCUCAAUUUGGAUCCCAGAGAGCGUCGGAAAAUCGCUCAGAGAGAGAGAGAGAGAGCGAAUGGGAAAAUCGGAGAGAAUUUCCCACGGUGGAAAACGACAACAAACGAACGAAUGCGACCGAAGCCACUGGCAGUUGUGGACGGCGAUUUUGGUAGCAAGCUGGGCGACUGGGCGAUGAAUCCGCCAGCGGAUGGCGUUCAGUUAGGAUGUGCAGUUCCAGCGGUGCGAACGUGUUCCGGGCGCGCCAAUUGGCCAAGUAGCCGAAAGCAGCCAAAAGAGCCAACCCAUUUCAGCCGGAACGGCAACAGUUUUCACCUCGAAGACAGCGCCAAAAUAUGCCAACGCCUGAUUGAGGGCCAAAAUCGCGGUCGCGCGUUUUUGUGUAAAUAAACAGAAAACAUCAGAUCAGAAACCACAUUGAAAUCAAAUUCAAAGUCGAGCGGAACAAAAACAUCAGCGCAUCGUUUAUCACAGAGAAUAAGAUACAGAUCCGCACAAUUUAUUUUUCGGUUUCAGUGGAAGAGCACAAGUUAUUCACAAUUGUUUUACUAAAUGCCAGCGUGCGGAGUGACUGACCGAUGAGUCGGCCAGCAGCGAACGCGUAACGUAUACGCCAUGUGAGCCGGAUCGAUGGGAUCGUAUUCCGGCCAAGCCACAAUGCCAUCCUCCUGUAAAUAGCCAGCAGCCUUUUCUACUCGCGUCUCUGUCAAAUGUGUGUCCGUGUAUCCGCCACUGUAUAUACUGUAGACUCUAAUUGUUUAAACCACAAUAAAAAACGAAACCAAGCAAAGAAUAAAUAAAUAUUAAAAAAAAAAUAGAAACGCGCGUGUUUUGGCCACAGAACGCGCAGCACACACAAGUUUCGGUGCAAAAACGGGUAUAAAUAAGCGAAAUAAUAAUAUGCGAAUGCUGUAGGAAUAGUUAAAUUAUUAGGAUUAAUCGAUUGGAAUUUCGCGCGCAAUAAGAACUAAUUAUAAACACGGGCAGCAUGGGACCAAUCAGACUCUAGAGCUAGCCACGCAUCCACAAAGUUAGUUGGACGAACGCCGGUCACGAUCACGAUCACUAUCACGAUCACAAUGGAUUAUAGCCGACUGAAUGCCAACAUCAAUACGGGCAACAUCAGCACCGAUGACUUUCUGGCCGUCUUCUCGACCGGAAAGCCGGACAAUGCCACCCUCAAUCCGCCCCUGCUCAGUGUCGAUGGUCAGCUGACCCUGCCGCCGGGAUCGGGAUAUGUCAAUGUCAACGAUACGAUAUUCUUCCUGAAUGGCAGCUUCUACAACAGCAGCCUGCAGCUGGCGGCGGGUUUCUAUAAUCAAAGCAGUGCUUCCGGGGCGACAGCGGGCAAUCUGACCAAUCCGAAUCACACAGAAGUCCACUGGGAUGGCCGGUAUCCCAGUGGAUAUACGCUUACGCACAUCGUGAUCGCCUCCAUCAUUGUGACCAUCCUGAUGAUCAUCAUCGUGGUGGGCAACAUGCUGGUGAUCAUAGCCAUUGCCACGGAGAAGUCGUUGAAGAACAUACAGAACUGGUUCAUUGCAUCGUUGGCGGUGGCCGACUUCUUUCUGGGCCUCAUCAUCAUGCCAUUCUCGCUGGCCAAUGAGCUGAUGGGCUACUGGAUCUUCGGCAGCUGGUGGUGCGACAUCCACUCCGCAAUGGAUGUACUCCUCUGCACCGCCUCGAUCAUGAACCUGUGCCUCAUCUCGCUGGACCGCUACUGGAGCAUCACCAAGGCCGUCGACUAUCUGAAGUCGAGAACGCCGGCGCGAGCCGCCGUCAUGAUCACGGCGGUCUGGAUUAUGUCCGCCCUCAUCUGCAUACCGCCGCUCCUCGGCUGGAAGGUGAAGAUGCCCGAGGGACCGCUGCCCAAGUGCGAGCUAAGCGAGGACAUUGGCUACGUGCUGUACUCGGCGCUGGGCUCCUUCUACAUACCCAGCUGCAUCAUGGUCUUUGUGUACAUACGAAUUUACUUUGCCGCCAAGGCGCGGGCGAGGCGGGGCAUUAAAAAGCAUCCCCGCAAAACGAACAACGAACAGGUAACGAGCUUCACCACCGCCAAGAAAGGAACAAUACCGAUGCCCUCCUCGAGCGGCGUGUCCGCUUUGCAGCUGCACCAGCAGCGCCAAAUAGCCACCAUCGAGACACCACCGAACAGCGCCAGCCUACCGAUGCAGAUACCCACGGUGACCAUGGACCUGGCCUCCGACAUAUCCACCUCGGAGGCGGGGGAACUGGAGGCGGUGGCCGCCCAAACGGUGCUUGCCUAUGCAAAUCCCAAUGGUGCGGGCACGAAUUCGGUCACCGUGGUGAGCAGCGGGAACGGGGGCACUGGGGCGUCGGGUGUUCCACCCAGCUCGCCGAAGGAGACGCUUCAGGUGAGCACGAUAGCCACCGGUCGGGUGGGUCUCAAUGUGCCCGUGCCACCGUCCAUGGGCAGCAAUAGUUCCAUCAAUGUGCUGAACAACAACAACGGCACUGUGGCCAUGGAUGGAGGUGCCUCCGCCGGCGGCGGGGGAAAUGGGAGUGCUGUAGCGACGCCUGGUGCACUGCAGCAAACGGGCGGUAAUGAGCUGCGCGUCUCUCCGAUCGCCGGACGGUGUCGAGCCCUAUCCGUGGGCGUGGACACGGACAUGGUGAGUGAAUUCGAUCCAUCCAGCAGCGAUUCGGGCGUGGUCAGUCGCUGUGCCGUGGUCAAGCCGCUCAAGUUUCGCCUUUGCCAGCCGAUCUUCGGGCGCAAGUCGAGUAACCAGCAGCGGCGCAACGAGGCCAAAGCGGCGGCCAAGAAUCAACAGCCCAGUGGAGCGGCCAGCAAAAAUCAGCAGCAGCAGCAGCAACAGCAGCAGCAGCAGGUGGUGAAGGCGGAACUGGAGCCGGCCAUACCGAAGACACCGAAGCCCAGGGAUCCGGAGAAGGAGAAGCGACGAAUUGCGCGAAAGAAGGAGAAGCGGGCCACCCUAAUUCUGGGCCUGAUCAUGGGCAGCUUCAUCGCCUGCUGGCUGCCCUUCUUCUUCCUGUACAUCCUGGUGCCGGCAUGUAGCAGCCAUUGCAACAUACCGGAAUCGGCGUUCGCCGUCGCCUUCUGGCUGGGCUACAUGAACUCGGCGCUCAAUCCGGCCAUCUAUACCAUCUUCAACAAGGACUUCCGACGCGCCUUCCGGCGCAUCCUGUUCAAGUGAUGUUUGGCCUAUGUGUGCUGUUACAGGUGCGUUUACGCCAGCAUCGAGAAGGCAACCGAACGUGCCAUGGGCAGCACACCAAUGGGCUAUGGUCAUGGCAUGUAUCAGCACUACAGGCGUUAGAUUUGCUUCGUUUUGGCAGUGCCAUAGGUCCCCAAGAACAUAUCCUAUUCCAAUUCCCCAUCCCAGAACUGCAAAGCUAUCGACUGUCGAUGUUAUCGAUAUAUAUAUAUGCACAUAUCCCAUAUUAUCCAUUGGAUUAUUUCAUUUAAUGCCUCAAGACAUUAGUUUUCUUUAAAGCAAAACUAACUAGCCACUUGUAUUAAUAGGUUAUUAGCAACAUAUUUUUCUACAAAUUCCAAAACAUAAAUUAUUUUAAAAUAAGCUAGUUGUUUUAGCUAUCGAUAAUAUCGACUAACCGAAUAAUCCAUAGUUUUGCAGCUCUAUCCGCUCCCAUAUGCUAAAUCCUUUCCAAUCUUUCGUUGGAAUUUCUUUGGUUUGAAUAAAAAAAAAGUAACGAACAUUGUAGCUCAUUUCAAAAGCAAUGAACGGCUGUGAAUUUGAUGGAAUCUCUCAAUUUCAAUUUACGCAUUUUGGUUUCAUUUCGUUUCGUUUGGAUUCUCGAGCACCCUUGAACCCAGAGACCCCAAUCCCGGAGGCCCCAUAGCCCCCAUAACCCACUGAACUCCCAGAGCAACCGAACGAACUCACCACAACCCACACACUUUUCACACUCGACGAGCUCAUAGAAAUGCAUGAGCUGAGCAAACAAGAAUUUGAGCUGGGCAAACAUCUAUUAUGCUCCCUGAAUGGAUGUGUCCGCCAGCGACGUCUAUGGCCAUUCAACUUGAAAUAAUUUCGCAAAUUUCCAUUUGCGGCUGCAUUGCCAAAUGCCAAAUAUCAGUGCAGACUGCAAAUGUUUCGAAAGUCGGACUCAGGUAGUCCCAAAUAUCCAAGCUGGCAAAUGCAGGUCAACAAGUGGCAAGAUGGCAACAAAUUAAUUUAAUUCCUUUUUUAAUAUUUUGCCAGCCGCUUAUCCGCUGCUUCGCCGAUGAAAAUCUUGGAGUCGGAAUGCCGUUUGGCCGUUGGCCAAAUCAAUAAUUCCUUGCGCACACAAAUGUAACUAAAAUCCAGCACAAUGGCCGCACAAUUUGUUGUAACAAAGUGAGCACACAUAGCUAUGGAAAUAGAAAAAACCGAAACAGCGACAGAUUCCACAAGGCAGGCGCAGUUUUGUUCAUUCACUCAAAGAUGUUUCACUCGGCGACACAGAAAGUGGGAGCCCAAAAAAAAUAAUCCAAAUGUAUGGGAACCAAUGCCUAAUGGGCACAGACAGAUGCAAAUGCAAAUGGUACGCUUCUACACCCAAAGAAAGCAGUGCGUUGUUUUAUUUUUCAACUCAUAUAGGAUAAUUUUAAAAACUUUAUGAUAUUACUUUCAUGUGCUUAAAUACAUAUAUCUCAACUUCAUAAACUGACUUCACUGACUUUUCGCUAUAUAUCAAACGCUUGUAUUUGAUUUUGGAACUCAGAACAUUUUCCUUUUAGUGUAGCUCAUUCCAUGGCACCAUUUUCUCCACCAUUUCCCACUUAGUUUUUGGCUAUGCAUCAGCAAAUGCAUGCGCCCGGCCGAGUGGAAUAGACAGCCCGUCACCCAGUCAGUCAGUCAUUCAGUCUGUCCGUCCUUCCGUCAUUCAACCAUUCAGUCAGUCGAACGGACAGACAGUCGUCACUGGAACGCUACAAUGACACCGAGUUAGACGGGUAGAUGGUGACAGAGGAGCAUCCAGGAUGAGGAGGGCGGCGGACCGACAGACAGACUCUGUUUUUGGCAUGUGGCCCAGAAUGGCUCUCCAUUUCGUUUGGCUGGUUGGGCUUGUUUUGCUGGGCAAAGCCAACCAAAAAAAAAUGACAAGGAAAUACUAUAUAUAGUAUGUGGCACGGCCCAGAGAAUCCACACAAAACACGGAGGCUGCCAGUCUAUGCAUAAAUUUUACGUACAAUUUAUUUUACUUCCUGUGUGUGUUCUGGCUGCCCUGUCCCUCACCUUUUUUUGACACUUUGUGGCAAGAUGCAACAAUAUCUGCGAGGCACUUGUAACCAUUAUCGGGCUAGAUUGUAAUCUGCAUAGAGUAAGCUACUAUCUCCAAUACAAGAACUAAAAUCACCUUGUCCCAAAAAAAUUUAUGCCAGCUCUUAGCAGCGCUGGAACUUUCAACACAUGUCGGCAUAGUCGAAGAUUGAUCUGAUUUAUAGCUCUGGGCAAUAGCCUAAGUGCUUGCGGUUGCCGAAGACCUCUUAAAAUUGUUUAAGAACGCAUAAAUAAUGCGACCGAGAUCGGCCAUGAAUGCGCCUCGGUGCCACCGAGUGUUUCAUUUGAAUAAAUGGAAAAUGGAAAUCGACGGCAGAACUUUGAUGGUGUUGAAAGACAAACAGCAAAGGCUUUUGGUGCCUGCAUUUUUUAUGGAUCACACAGCAUCCAGCUGAACGUUUUGGCAUUGUCAGCAAUGUGUGUACAACAACUGCACUCAAAUGACAAUUUGAACAACGACAGAAAGUCCAACAAUAACACCAACAACAAUUGCAACAACAACAAGCUAAAUGGCAGGACGAAAAAUAGGACCGUCGUGCACAAAGCGAAAUCGAAAACAAUUGAAAUCGACAGCAAGGGAAAAACCAUGUGGGAGUGUUGCAAGAAGUCUGUGGCAGCAAGGGUGGUGCAGCAGGUGGUGCAGCAGGCACAUUAAAAUGCGCGACUACACGGAAAAAAGCAUUAAUAAAAUAAAACGCAUUUUGCAGUAAAAGCAACCAUAAAAUCAAUACCAAAGCUAUCUAACUUAACACUUUUCAUUAUACUCAAACAAGAUACAUUUGCAGAUAUUAUAUUCCAAAGAUAGAUUAUGCAAAAUCUUUUUGAAAAAUGUAUGAAUUUGCACUGCAGUUUUGAGGCUUUUUCAUGAAGUUCUAGUUAGUUAGUUAGUAAAGAUUUAGUAAAGAUUUCCCUCAUUGUUUUCAGUGUAAGCGCACUAUACACACGCAGCACUUAACUGCACUUAGGUGCGACAGCCAGAUGAGUGUCGAACGGCAUUCCACGGAUGGCAUUGUUUUGCCAGGCGCACUGAAAGUCAUUUUCACUUAAAGCUGGCGUAAAAAGCUGGCAGGCAUUUUAGACCAGGCUGCGUAUACGCAACGCCAUCCAUUGUUUACCCUUUUUUGGUAAAAACCGACUGAGGAGCAUUAAUAAAAUUGCAAUUAACGUCACAAUUAGCAAUCACCAUAAAUUAAAUGCUCGACAACAAUUGAAAAAUUAAACACAACAAAGUAGCCAAAACAAAAAAAAAUAAAUAAAAAACAAACAAGGAGCAGAGAAAAACUGGAAUGAAAAAAAACAUUUUGAAUUAUUCAGUGCUAUUUAAAUUAAUUUCCAUAAUUGAAUUAUGCGAUUCGGAAUGCAAAUUUUUUGCUUUGUUUGCCUUAAUUGUUUUCAGUCAACAUGGGAGUUGUCCGAAAGCGAGUAAAUAACAAAAUUAAGCGUUAAACAUUUACAAUAAUGACAUAAAAACAUUUUAGAUUACUGCAGUCGCAUUGUCUCUUAUUUUUUGUUUUGUAAAUUUUAAUUCCGGACGCCGGAGGCCGCAAACCGGCUCGUGAAAUUUAAUUAUUUAUUGCGCAAAAUGCGUAAUCUAGAAUUUGCAUUUCUGUCAACAUCUAUUUCGGCGCCAAGCAUUAUAUGCCAUAAGCCAAUUUAAUGCCUGAUUAACUUGCCAAAUUGCAGAGGUAUUUAUAGAAAAUCGGAUUGACAGCAAAAUUCACUUUAAAUGCAUUUUUGUUUGCGGUUGCGCAAUUUUCCAACUAUUUCGCCACUAUUGGUAAAUAUUUGGCUGCAUUUUUUCCUGUGAAUUACUAUCGCUCAUGCAGAGAAAUGUUUAUUUAUGCGUUACUAUUGCCCAGACGCACCACUCAUAAUCACAAGCAACUAAAUUACACUAUAAAACAAAGUGUAUAAAAGCAUCAAAGCCAUCAAUAAAACGGCGUUCAUUAUCGUUUACGAUCCAUCCACAUGAUAAACACGUGAAAAGUGCACACGCAGAGAAAUGCAUUGUUGCCGGAAUCGCAUGAACGCAUUUGUGGCGACGGAAUUUUUCGGAUAUAGCCUGCAUAUAUAUACUUUUUUGGAGCAAUUAACAUGGCUAUUAGGCGGCUGGGGCAUGAAUCAUCGAAAUGACGCUCGCUGGCCUGCAUAUUAAUUAGUGGAGUAUAAAGGCCAUAAAUGUAAAACUCGUAACGACAAAUGUUUGGACCAUAAAUAUGCACUUAGGUAUUUAUGCGCAUUGACAGCAUGAAUAUUUAUGAGCCACCGACGACAGCGGACAUUAAAAUGCGCCACCUCCACCACCCGUUGAUUAAUUGGAAAAGUUAAGACGGUUAUGCUGGUUCGCUUCGGUUCAACGGGUCGUAUGCUUGAUGCUUCUUAGCUUCCCCCUUUUGCAGUUCCAAAAAUGCCGCCCAAAACUAAGCAAAUCCAAUGCCUGUGUAAAGGUUUAAAUAGGAGAAGAAAAGCCAUGCGACCAUGUAAGUUCAAGUUUUGAGGCUUGUCUUUCAAAACCAAAAAAAAAAAGAAAAUACAUACAAUGACUGAAAUGUUAAAUGAAAUUAUUUCAUUGCAAAAACCAAACAAAUCGCAAGUAACUUAAACGUAUUUCAAUAUUUAAACUUAAACUUUUUGCUAAUUGUAAACUAGACACAAAUAUUUAUAUACAUAUAAAUACUAAUUAUAAACAGAUAUAUAUAUAUAUAUUAAAGUUGAAUUUUGAAAUUAGAUAAACGCAGCCGGCGGAUAUUCGAAUAGUUCAGAUAUAUUUAGCAUAAUUUAUAGUUGCCGAUAAAUGGAAAUGUUUACUCAUUUAAUUGUAUCGUACGCGGCAUAUGCAUAGCAAAAUUUUAACUCAUAUUCUCAUACGUGUCUGUUCCACUAGUUGUGCGUAGAUCAAAUAUGAGCAAACAUAAAACAUACCACCAGAUUACGAUACCACAAACCAUAACGAUACUUCACGGAACCGAAAACACAUUGUACAACAAUCUGUGAGUAUGCAAAUAUAUAUCAAAUCAAGCGGUUAAAAAUCAAAUGAAUGAACAUAAAGUAAAAAAUAAAAAACUACCUACAUUUUAAGCGGAAGUCUUCCACUACAAUUACGCUCUAACCACGUGCAUUCUACUUGUAUUUGUUCCCUCGUUUUACCGACUUCAACUUCUGUUUCCGGGCAGACUAUGUAACUAAAUGUGUGUGUAUAUCGAAUAGGUGUAUGUAUUUGAAAAGGUUUCUUCCCCAAACAAACAAAAAACAUAACAAACAAACUAAGCAACAUCGGAAACAUGAAACUAGCAAAAAAUCCAAUUGAUGUGUUAAGCAAAUGGCAAGCAUAAGCCAUAAAUUUACAUUAAUAGAAAAAUGCUGCACAAAUUUGCAUGUUAGUUACGCUAGCCAUGUAAGUUACGAUUAAUAAACUGUAGUUAACAAAGGGUAAAAUACACAAAAAUGUGCUACGAAUAAGUAGAAACUAUGUUUAGUGCCAUCAUUGUUGUCGUUUUAUUUCCAUUUGUUAUAGAGGAGAGAGUUCUCGUUUCGUUAUUUAUACAUUUUUGGUAGUAUCCACAUAGCUAACAACGAAGUAACAUGGUGCUAUGAGCUACGAUCCUCCUCCUCGGUUCAUCGUGCAACGCAUCUCAUCUCUUAGCCAGUCAGUCAGUCAGUUAGUCAGUCAGUCAGGGUGGUCAAAACGUUAAAAUCUGAGCCCCUUUUAACGUCUUUGUUUGCUUUUAGAGCAGCACCACCCAAAAACUAAAGCCCAACAAACAUUAAACACUCGCCCACAAAAGGAGAACUCAAAUCAAAAUUGAAAGUUAGUUAAGGGAAUUAAGAGCAUUUGAAACCUACUUAGCUGCUAAGCAUUGUAAAUACCUACUACUUAUGCCGUGUUAUAGUUCAUACAUACUAAAUAUAAUACGAUUACGAUAAAUGAAAUGUAAAUUGAGCAACACAAAUUGCAAAUUGAAGCCACCAAAGAAUUGAAUUUUCGCAUGUAAGUCGAACAAGUAAACUAAAAAGUAUUUAAUUAAACCAAAGCUAAGACUAAGUGUAGUAAAAACAUCUGAGACCCCUUUCUUACCCCAAAAAAAAAACAGCAACAAUAGUCGACAACUUUUAGCAUUUAGGCAAUCAUAUAUCAUAGUUGAACUUAACUAAAGAAAUGGCAAUUCCUCCCAAAAACUAUGUGUACAUUUUCUGAGAAUAGCCAAAACGACAAAACACCAAGAACUAAGACGCAUUUAAAAACAUUAAGUUUCGUUGUUUUUCUACCACCACACCGGUUGAGUUUGAGCAAACGUAUGUAACAUUUACCCAUUGUAUGGGGUACACGUUGUUUUCCUAAGAUCUUGUUAGCCUAAGUGAAACUUAUAAUAUAGAGCAUACGAUACAUAAUUAAAACUAUUAGCUAAGCGAAUACAUAUGUCCAGUAGAAAGGACAAUAAAGAUUUAAUUGAAAUUAUAUAGUACGAUUACAAUUACCACUAAACCAAGCCGACGAGGAAUAUCUCCCGAGGCUACAAACUCGAACUCAUCAAAAACCAAGCUAAAGCUAACAAACAAAAUACUAAAAAGAAACCUUUUAAAACUUACUCUCGUUAAGCGAAACACAAAGAAACAAAAAAAAAAGCAGAAAUCAUAAAUGAAUAAUAAAAACCGAAAGUAUUCUUAAAUUCUUUAAA